GACUUUAGGUCAGCUCGGAAACAAUUGCAAUCUGUCUGUAACAUUCUGCGAUCUGAUCUCUGCAUAACCAAAUUUAUAUUUAACUUUUGCUAGAUCUUGAUCUGGAAUCUUUUGUCAAAUGCAACUAACUAUCUUGUUAAGUGUCACCAGUCCGGUAAUUUAAUGUUAUUUUCAAUUAAUUAAAAUAAAAUAAAAUAAAAGGUUUUGUAAUAAAUGCUCUAGAUCUCUCUCUCAUCAAAGUAACUUUUCAUUCUCUUAUAAACCAAGGUUUAUGAUCAAGUUUCGAAACGCCUUGUGUCUCCACUGAAAUGAAGAAGCUACUAUUGAGUUUGACUCUGUUUGGUCUCACUCUCCUAAUCCUUCCCGUAAAUGGGAUUAUGGAGUUUGAUGAAAUGGAAUGGUUUACAAGUUUCAAUGGAACAAAGGUGUUCAAGACAGAAAGUGAUGUUUAUUCUGAAGCGAAGUUUCCAAUGGUAGGACUCACUCUUAUUCAAUCUGCUGCUGCUAAAGGAGCAGUGUGUCUAGAUGGAAGUCUUCCUGGAUACCACUUGCAUCGCGGGUUUGGUUCAGGAGCAAAGAAUUGGCUAGUUCAAUUGGAGGGAGGUGGAUGGUGUGAUACCAUCAGAAAUUGUGUAUACCGCAAAACAAGUCGUCGUGGAUCGUCUAAGUAUAUGGAGAAAAAUAUGCCUUUUACAGGAAUCUUAAGUGACAAAGCCGCAGAGAAUCCAGACUUUUAUAACUGGAAUAGAGUAAAAGUUAGGUACUGUGACGGUGGAUCCUUUAGUGGAGACAGCGAAAAUAAGGCUGCAAAACUUCAGUUUAGAGGAAAAAGAAUAUGGUUAGCUGCUAUGGAAGAUUUGAUGGCAAAGGGAAUGCGUCAAGCUAAACAGGCUCUGCUCUCUGGAUGUUCUGCUGGAGGUCUUGCCGCAAUUUUGCGCUGUGAUGAUUUUGGGGAUAUGUUUUCUCCUUCCACUAGAGUGAAAUGUUUGAGUGAUGCUGGCUUUUUCCUUGACGCCAUCGAUGUCUCUGGAGGUCGAUCUCUUAGGCGUUUAUAUGCUGGCGUGGUGAAGUUACAGAAUCUGGAAACAAAGCUCUCUAAGGACUGUCUAAACCGUCUUAAUCCAACUUCGUGUUUUUUCCCACAAAACCUAAUCAACCAAAUCAAGACUCCAUUGUUUAUUCUAAAUGCUGCAUACGAUUCGUGGCAGAUCCAAGAGAGUUUAGCUCCCAAAUCUGCAGAUCCAAGUGGAAGUUGGCAUGAUUGCAGACUUGACUACACCAAGUGCAAUGCAACUCAGAUCCAGUUCUUGCAAGGUUUCAGGACUCGUAUGGUAAAUUUAAUCAAAGGUUUCGCGAAGCCGAGUAAGAACGGAGUGUUUCUUAACUCGUGCUUUGCUCAUUGCCAAACAGAGAGGCAUGACACAUGGUAUUCCCAAAACUCUCCUGCGGUUAACAAAAAGGGGAUUGCAGUAGCUGUGGGAGAUUGGUAUUUCGAAAGAGGAGGAGCAAAGCUCAUAGACUGUGCUUAUCCUUGUGACAAAACUUGCCACAAUUUAGUCUUUAGAGGAUAACUUACUCUCUCUUUUUUUUUGGCAUUCAAAUCAUUUUUCCUUCUUUAAAGAGCAUUCCUUAUUUAUGCAAACAAUGAAAGAAAAUAAAUUCAUUUGAUAUAUUUUCCCUAGAAUGCUGUAACUAUCAA